AUGAAUGAUAUUUAUCAACAACCUUUUGUAGUUCAUGACGCAUCAAAUAUUAUCAAUGAAACAAUUGAAUCAACUCUCGAACAUCAAUUGUAUCAAAAAACAAAAGUUAAUUUAUGGACAUCCAAUAUAGUCGAAACUAUAAUUAGUGCACUGACAAAAGCAAAUAAGUCUUUUAAAUAUAUUGCAUCAUGCGUAAUUAUGGAAAAAAAUGGUGCUGGUUUGCAUACAGCAACUUCAUGUUUUUGGGACAAUACAAAUGAUAAAUCAUUUACUAUUCGUUGGGAAAAUACCACCAUGUAUGUUAUUGUCACCGUUUAUGGAUUAUCGAUUUGA